CCCACUUUCAACGGCAGCCUCGCCAAACCGCCAGCAAAACUCCGCCUCCAGGAUGAGUUCAGGGCAUCUCAGCCAAGACGAGUUCUUCGACAAGCUCGGCCGUCUGUUCAACCACAGAAAGAGCAGCGACCAUGGCGCCAUCUAUCUAACACAAAAGCGACUCGCAUACGACCCCAGCGAGCAGUCAACAACCGCCAAGCUCUUCCCCGACCUCCUCCCCGACAAGCCCCUACCAAUCAUCAUCAAGGCCACAAACGGCAAGUCGAAGCGCGACAGAUCUGACAAGGAGAAGCUCUCAACCAUUGUUCAGCCGCACGAGCUGGAAGCUUUCUACGUCCGGUAUGCUGAUGUCUGCAAGGCGGGAAUGACACUGUUGAAGCCGAGAGACAAGAGCAAGAAGAAGGCGAAGGCGAAGAAGAAGAAGGCCACUUCAUAGGGGUAGAAGGAGGAAAAAGGAAUGAAAUGAAACAUAUAUCCGUACAGGAGAAUCAUACAGGGUUAUAACGGCGAAGAGCGUGCAUGGCGGUAGCCCAAAAUCUGCCUUACUCUACGGGGUGACAGUGCUAUGACGACAGCCCCGGCAGCAAAGAAUCUCAUUGUCAGUCGCAAAACAGCUUCAAGAUUUCAAG